UUGCCUCCAUUUUGGAAAUACACUGGGGCUGUUUGGCAUAUGUGUCGUCUUUUAGUUCCCACGUGCUAUUCUUUCUUUUCACAGGAAGGUACAAGCAUCACGGAAGUGAUGGACGAGUUUCCAUCUACACCAGUUGUGGUUUCAUUAGGAGGCAUCUUUGAGAAGAAAUGUUUUGUUGUUUGCGAGCAGCAGCUGUUGUUUACGGAGAGCACUGGCUUCAUAGAGGCAGCGUGUCUUGCCUUCUUAUGCUACUAUGUGUUUAACAUGACCUAUGCAAAGGGAGCAGCUACAACACUUGAGUUCAUUCAGAGGCAAAUAUGUGAUAUUAAUCCCUGCAAAGGCAGCAAAUCCCAGGGCAAUGCCCGCCGUUUGGCUAUUCCUACAAAGGUAGUGAAGCUGGCACAGCGUCUUCGAAAGGAAUAACCUGAAUGGAACACCAGAUAGUGGCUGAUGUGUGCAAAAAAGAUUGAUUGUGUGUUAUGCUGUACCUGUGAUUAUUUAUUAAUCUGUUUAUGUGGGAGCUCCAGGCUGGUUGGUUAUGGCAGGGAAGUCCAUUAGGAUGGAUGUGAAUGGAGAUAAUUAUGUGGUGCAUUUCAGGUGCUAGUGGUGGCAGACAUAAGGAUGCCUUGUAUAGACUUACUGGUUAUUGUAUUCACUAGGCAAUGGGAAUGUAGAUUAGCAGUAAGGCUAGAGUUGGUCAAGAAAUCCGACCCAAGAUGGUUAGGCAUAGAAGGCCCGUUUGAAAAUUAUCCAACCUUAUCUAUUUUAGAGAAGACCAUAUGGCACAAG